GAUUUACGCGUGUUCACAUUAGCUUGUCAAGCUUACGACUAUGAAACACAACAAUCAAAAAAUAUACGUGCAUUUGUUGAGAGAAUAUUGGAUGAAUUUGGGCUAAGUUUGAGCGAUGAUGUUUAUACUGUUACUGACAAUGAGAAUAAAAUAACAUGUGCAUUUAAGAACAAUGUUCAACGUAUUGGUUGUUCUGCUCAUUAUCUCAACAAAAUAUUGGAACACGGUUUCAAAAAAAAAGACAUAAAUUGUGACGAACUACAAUCAUUGUUUAAGAGUGUUCUUGAGCUUGUUACACAUGUCAGAAAAUGUCAUAAACAAAGCUUAUUAUCGGUUAAUGUUCAAAGUUAUUGUGAAACACGUUUUAAUGGUUCGUAUUUAAUGAUGAAUUCUGUACUAAAUGUCUUCAAUGAAUUGCCGAAUGUCAUUAGUGAUGAUCAGAAGCUCAAUUAUCUAACUAUUAGUCGUGAUGAAUUACAACUUGUUUGUUUAUAG